GAACGAGACCCAGAAAUUGUUACUUCGUACCAGAACCGCAUGACUUGAUCGACUGCAACCACAAACUGCAAACUAAUCCGGCCACGUAGACCGCUUUUUUGUUUUUUCUGCUUGCUCCACAGGUUCAUGCACCCUGUCGCAGUUCUUUUCCCUGGAUGAUGGGGUUUCUGAACAUCUACGCUGUUCCAGCGCCAUGAACAUCCUGUCUGCGUUCAGAGAGCGAUUCGCUUGGAACCAAACGCCCCGCGAUCGCCUGCCACUACGCAUCGAGGUCGACCAGAAUAAGAUACUAGGUGGCUAGACUUCUGCGCCGAUUUGGAGACCGAGGCCGUCCGGAGGGAAGGCAAGGGAGCGCUAGGUAGAUACACUAGGUCCUCGUGGGACGGGACUGGGAUAUUUCAACUUCAGCUGUUCAUCCGCGUCGCAGUCGUUACGUAGAGGUCGAGUCACGCGAGAAGACACCCGCACCGGGGAGGCGACCAGUCCACCACCUUAGAUACUGCGCGCCAUGGAGGGAACAACCAUUCUCAGCCUCUCCCUGCUUCCAGUCCUCUUCUUCGCCCUUUGGCACAUCACGGCCGCCAGCGUCCCCCCGAUCCCACAGUCGAUGCGCAAUAAGCGGAUCAUCCUCCUGAUAGCCCACCCUGACGAUGAAUCCAUGUUCUUCAACCCGACGCUCCAAGCUCUCACGCACCCCUCACUACAAAACCAUCUGAAGAUCCUCUGCAUGUCCACCGGCAACGCCGAUGGGAUUGGCGAGACAAGGCGCCUCGAGCUCGAAAAGGCCGCGGUGCAACUCGGCCUCCGACGCAGAGAGGAUGUCUACGUCCUAGACGACGAACGCUUCAAGGACGGCAUGGACCAGGUCUGGCAACCCGAGGACAUAGUGCGCGUUCUCGCGAGUGCCUUUGCGCCUCAUCUGAACAACAGCAAGUCACAAGCGGCGGCGCCAUCUACGUCGUCCACCCCUUCAAAGGAGAAGGAAAAGGACAAGGAUAAAAGAAAGUCCAAGUCUUCAUCCAAAACCAACCCAAAGUCAACCUCUGUGUCUACGUCGACGUCCGUGUCCCCGGGGCCUGCAGCAGCAUCAAACGUACCAGCAGGACCCCUCGCCAGCAUUGACGUCCUCGUCACGUUCGACGAGCGCGGCAUAUCAAGCCACCCGAACCACAUCGCCCUCUUCCACGGCGCGACCCUCUUCUUGCAACGGAUCAUGCACGGCCACAGCGGUUACGCAUGCCCGGUCUCUUUGUACACUUUACCGACCGUCAACAUCGCUCGCAAGUACAGCUUCAUCCUCGACGCGAUCCCCACGAUGCUGGGCGGCAUCUACAACGCAAUUUUUUCCAACAUCUCCGGCAUAGUCUCCCGGUCGACCUCGGGACGCGGAGGGGCUUCGUGGACAGCAGGGGGUGCCGCCGCAAAUAAAAGCAACCCGGAUCGGUUGGUUUUUAUAAACGAUAUCCCUCGCUAUUGGCGGGCCCGUGCCGCCAUGACCGAAGGCCACGCGAGUCAGAUGGUGUGGUUUCGCUGGGGAUGGAUCGGCUUAGGGCGCUACAUGGUGGUGAAUGACUUGAAGGCCCAAAAGGUUGUAGGAACGUGACGAACAACACAGCAAAAAAGUGCAAUGUGGUUGGUGGGAAAGGGUCGGUCUGUGGGAGCGAAAUGGCAAUGCUGCUUAUGAUGACUGGAUGAUGACCGCUGCGAAGAGGGCUGACUAGCCUUGAAGGAAAACGGAGAUUGAUUGACAUUCACCAAUGCCAGAUUGCCUCUCCGUUGUCUUUUUUUUGGGCAAGCACAGGAGUACAGAGGAGCCGCGUCCUUGCUGUUUUUGAAUUGCAUGGUCAUUGAUCGGACUUAUGCAGCAGCUUACCGUCGAAAGAAAUUUGCAGUCGCAGAAUGGAUGGCCUCUUUUUAUUUGAAACUAUAGUACGGAGUACAGAGGCCUCGGAAUACAUAUCAUACAAAUGUGCUACACUUGAGAUACAC